AGAUGGGUAUGGUGAGGACCGCAGAGGAAUGUAAUUACAGGCGCGCGGGGGCUUUGCGGAUAAGGCAGAAACCGGAGAGCUCCAAUGGCUUCAUCUCUAACCUUCUCUCCCUACCCAUUUUUGAACUCUCGCGCGCUCCCAUCCACGUUUUUCCAUUUCAUUAUUGGCGCGCCUUCAAGAAUUCCGCCGCUAUCCGUUUCGUCUACCAGUAAUCCCCUCAAGUUGAAGCUCCGACGAACUCUGAGAGCAUCUUCUGAAGGAGCUCCCAACGAGUUAAUCGAGGAUUCGAAGUUUGUUCCGUUGAAUGCUGAUGAUCCCACUUAUGGUCCACCUGCAUUGCUGUUACUGGGCUUUGAAUUGGAGGAUGCAGUGAAGAUUCAAGAGCUUUUGAAAAAAUUGGACGGUGAAUUCAUGCAGGUUAUUCUUUGUACUGAAGAUAUGAUUACUCGGUCUCUGUGGGAAGCAGUUCAUACAAACCAACCAGAUUUGGCAAAAGUGAAGAUAGCCAAAUCAUUGCCUCGAAUUUGUUUCUUAUCCGGUCUUAGCGGAGAGGAAACGAUGAUGUUCAUAGACGCUUUUCCAGAAACUGGACUUGAACCAGCUGUUUUUGCUGCUCUUGUUCCCAACGCGGCCAAUAAACCAGUAGAAGAGUUAAUAGAAGAGAUCAUGGGGGACCAUGAAGCACUGACUGGUGCUACAUCAGAAAGGCCAUAGGCAAGCAGCUCUAGCUAGCAGGCAGAUUUGGAUUCCCCAUUUGUUCCUUUUGUUCUUUUUUUUUUUUUUUUUUUUGAUAUCAUUGUUCCUCUUGUUGCCUUAAAUCCAAUCUGGAUUUGUCUUAGCAUUUUAUUCAACUCUGUAUGAUCUUAUAUCAUAUGUAUGUGGUGAACAUUAUUGAUGGUUAAUAUUAUACAAAUUGAAUCUGAA